AUGAUCACGCUACCUAGGCCCGGUCCCCUCAUCUCCCUCCUCCUCGCCGCGGGCACCAUCGUGCUACUACUCUACAGCAGCCGUGGCAGGGGCGAUGUCCUGAGCCCAGUGCCGCCUUUUGCAGGCGACUUGCGUCCGCAUGACGGUUCUUUUCGCUGGUCCGAAGUUCCUCUCCAGUAUCCGAUCGCCAGACAGUCGAUGAGAGCAGUGCCCACGGCUGCCCCGCGAGCGAUACCAAGGAUACAGCACCAGUUUGGCAAGGAGCAGCCCGCAGCCCGGGCCACACGGCUGGCACGACGGGAAGCGGUCAAGGGCAAUUUCACGCAUGCUUGGCAGGGUUACAAGCAGCACGCAUGGAUGAGAGACGAGGUCAAGCCACUGUCCGGGGGUGGACAGGAUACCUUUGGCGGCUGGGCCGCAACGUUGGUAGAUGCACUCGAUACCCUCUGGCUCAUGGGUCUGCACGAUGACUUUGACCAAGCUGUCAAAGCCGUUGGUCAAAUCGACUUCUCCGACAGCAACCACGAGGAGAUCAACGUAUUCGAGACCACGAUCCGCUACCUCGGAGGCUUCUUGGCCGCGUACGACUUGUCGAAAGGGAAAUAUCCGAAUCUCCUUCGGAAAGCUGUCGAGCUCGGUGACAUGCUGUAUGUCGCCUUUGACACGCCGAAUCAUAUGCCAGUCACUCGAUGGAAGUUCAAGCAGUCAAAGACUGGCGCUAAGCUCGUCGCUUCUGAAAGCAUAUUGAUAGCCGAGCUGGGGUCCUUGACGCUCGAGUUUACACGACUGAGCCAACUUUCUGGAGACCCCAAGUACUUCGAUGCGGUACAGCGGGUCAUGGAUGCUUGCGCAGACGCACAAGACCGGACAAAGAUUCCGGGUCUCUGGCCCGUUGCAGUCAAUGCAAAGACAAUGGACCUGACCAGCUAUGGUGGCUUUACCAUUGGCGGAAUGGCUGACUCUACAUAUGAAUAUCUCCCAAAGCAAUAUCUUCUCCUCGGCGGAGCUUCGCAGCAGUACCGGGAUAUGUACGUCAAGGCACUUGCUGCUAUGAAGCGGAACAUAUUCUAUCGGCCACGAACCGAGGCUGGCCUGGACAUUCUUCUGCCCGGCGACGUCUCGUCUGACGGCAAGACACAUCCUUCUCUUUUGGAGACUGAACCAAAAGCCCAGCACCUGGGCUGUUUUGCUGGCGGAAUGGUCGGCCUCGCGGCUCGCGCGUUUGACCUGCCCAACGACCUCCUAGUAGCACGCCAGUUGGUCGAGGGUUGUCUCUGGGGAUACGAGAACAGCCCGUCUGGCAUGAUGCCCGAGAUCAUUCGAACGACCAAGUGUCCGUCAACGGGCGGCUGUGAGUGGGACCAGGCUGCGUGGCACAAUGAAGUUGCCGCGGCACAUGAGCGAUCCUCUGGUGGCGAGCAAAUCGCUCUGGAGAGGAGGUUAAAGCCUGGCUUCACCAAGGUCCAUGACGGACGCUACAUCCUGCGGCCCGAGGCGAUCGAGAGUAUUUUCAUUCUAUACCGGCUGACGGGCGACACCACCCUGAUGGACCGGGCCUGGGCCAUGUUUGAAACCAUCGCGAAGGCCACGACUACCGACAUUGCGCACGCUGCGUUGGAUGACUGUACCAAGGAACACCCAGAGACCACCCGAGCCGAUCGCAUGGAGAGCUUCUGGUUGGCAGAGACGCUAAAGUACUUUUACCUGAUUUUUGAUUCACCGGACGUUAUGAGCUUGGAUGAGUACGUUCUCAACACGGAGGCUCACCCUCUGCGUCGUCCACAAUAA